AUGUCGGCUAACUACACUGUAUCAUCUCUCUAUCGACGGGCCUUGAAGCUCUCGUUGGAUUGGGCCGUCCAUCGUCAUCUAUGGAGGGGUCAAGCCAUGUAUAUCCGAUCCCUUUUUGAAGCCAAUAAAAAUGUUCACGACCCGAGAAGGCAGAAGGCAUUAUUUCAAGAGACAGAAGAUCUACUGGAGACCUGGAAGCACCCAGAUCCAUACAUUCCCCCCUCCGCCCCCGGAGGUUCUAAGUACGAGCGAAACAUGCCCGCACCAAUCCUCGAUCCCCCCCCUUACAUUGUAAAGUGA